GUCAUGCUGAUGGUGAUGCUCAUGGCAGUCAUCGCCACUGAUUUAAGUCCGGUGGCGGUGGCGGUGGCGGUGGCCACCUCUAAUGUGCAAAGAUUGGUCUACUGGUAACUCAUUAAUACUGAGUUAGAAAUUGUGUUUAUUGUUUAGGCAUAGUGAAGACUGAAAAUGCUCCCUAAAUUUGUAGUGUGCACAAAGCACGUUUAAUGAUAUAUGAUGUUUUUAAAAAAGAGAAAAAGAAUGAAUCAGUGCCUUUAUGGCGGCUGCUGGAUCACAAUGGCAAUUUGGAUGAAGAUUUGUGCAUGGAAGUCUUAAAUUUUUUGUUGCAGAGCAAGAUAUAGGAUGAGAAUUUUUAAUUUUGAAUGGUUUAUGCAAUUUGGAUGAAGACUUGCACCUUUCUUGUCUUGGAUCAUACUGAGAUGUUCAGUUUCAAAACUUGAUUUUGGUUUACGAAUAGGAUGUGGUUGAGGUGCGGAAAGGAUCUUGGUUUUGAACCAUUGAAAGACGUUCAAGGUGAACUUGCUGGUGUUUUGAGUAACCCGCAAUACAUACCGAGUGACCACUUAUCUGGACUAGAAGCUGAAGUUGGCCGACAUGAACCGAUACUUGCAUUAGAUGGUGGUGCUAGUGGAACCAAUGAUCUUCUUCAUCUCAUUGAUGGUGUUGCUUCCAUGUUGAAACCUGGAGGGUUUUUCGCUUUCGAGACAAACGGUGAGAAGCAGUGCAAGUUUCUUGUGGACUACAUUCAAAAUGAUAAGGCAGACAGGUUUCGUAAUAUUAACAUGGUAUCUGAUUUUGCUGGUAUCCAACGUUCUGUGAUGGGAUUUCGUUUAUGAAUGGAAUGAUUGGUAAAUACCUCCGUUUAUUGGUACUGAAGAACAGGAAACAAGGAAAAGGUCUGUGUUCACAGUAGCUUUAUACAUUUUCUAAUUUAAGUAUUUAUGAUUGCUUUACCAUAUGAUGGUUUUAUUCCAUUUGUUGUUUGUUGAUU